CCGUAGACUCGCAAUUAGUCAUUGAUACCUCGCUGAACAAAAUGAAGAGCGCAGCUGGAAGUAGCGAUACGUACUAUCCCAACACGUGAUAUCUCGCCUCGGCCUCAAACCACCUUUUCCGGGUUUCCAUCAUCCCGUCCAUGCCCAGCCGUGGCUCAUCAUCAUCACGACGCGUCCUGCAUACAAUUCACCCACCAUAUCAACCUAAUUCAUCCCCAAGCAACAACUUCCAUUUCUAUUAAAACCACGCAAAUCCAAACUACUUCUUCACUCCUCUCACCAUCCUCAACCCAAAAUCUCUCACCUCAACAUCCUCUCAACAUGUCUCUCAAAACGACAAUCGUCCAACCGGGCAUGUUCAAAGCACCCCCAUUCAGCCUCCCGAUUCCAAACCACCCUCAAAUUGAAGGCGAGACCAUCCCCCGCCGCAACGCAAAAUACGUCGAUAAGUUGAUCUCCAGACCGGAUGAUGAUACGGCGACGCUGUACGAUGUCUUGGUGCGCUCGGCUGCCAAGUUUGGCGAGCUGGAUGCGAUGGGAACGCGGAAAUUAAUCCAGAUGCAUACGAAGACUAAAAUGGUGAAGCAGAUAAUAGAAGGGAAAGAAAAGGAGGUCGAGAAGAAAUGGACUUUUUUUGAGAUGGGGCCGUACGAAUAUGUGACGUUUGGGCAGUACUUCGAUGGGGCGAUGCAGAUUGGGUCGGGGUAUCGGAUGUUGGGGCUGGGCAAGGGAGAUAGGGUGCAUAUUUUUGCGGCUACAAGUGCCAAUUGGCUCGCUGCUGCUCAUGGCGCCGUCACCCAGUCCAUGCCGAUCGUUACCUCUUAUGCAACUCUGGGAGAAGAAGGUCUCGAGAUGUCGCUGGUGCAGAGCAAUGCGAAAGCUAUUUUUGUUGAUCCGGAGUUGCUCAGUAAAUUCAUCAAGCCUUUAGACAAGGCGAAGGAGUUGAAGUGGAUUAUUUAUAAUGACCAGCAUGAAGUCAGCAAAGCUGAUAUCCAGGCCCUGGAGAAAGCGCAUCCUCAUAUCGAGAUCUUCUCAUUAGAGCAUUUACGAAGUUUGGGCGAGAAUAAUCCGUGCAAGCCUGUUCCACCUCAGCCUGAAGAUCUAUGCUGCCUCAUGUACACGUCCGGGACAACUGGAAAACCAAAAGGAGUACCAUUGAAACAUCGCAAUGUCGUCGCAUCAAUCGCCGGCCUCGAAUCCAUCUUCACAGAAUACGUUGGUCCAGCAGACUCAGUGCUCGCCUACCUCCCCUUAGCACACUGUUUUGAGUUCGCAUUCGAGAACGCCUGUCUCUACUGGGGUGUGAAAAUGGGGUAUGGUAAUCCGCGCACGCUUUCCGACCUUUCGAUGAAGAACAGCCAAGGUGACAUCAAAGAGUUCAAACCAACAAUUCUAGUCGGAGUUCCUGCAGUCUGGGAGACUAUCCGAAAAGGUAUCGAGAACAAGGUGUCAGGGAUGGGUGUUGUGGGGAGUAAUGUAUUCUGGGGAGCGCUGAAAGCGAAGACUUGGUUCUGCGAACAGGGGUAUAUGGCACCGGCGGGGUGGCUCGAUUGGUUGGUAUUCAAUACUAUUAAGCAGCAGACUGGAGGACGUCUCAGAGCUUGCUUUAAUGGUGCCGGGCCGUUGGGCAAGGAGACUAGGAGAUUUAUUUCAUAUGCUCUGGUUCCUCUCAUCAGUGGAUACGGCCUGACGGAAACCUGCGCAAUGGGAGCUCUUCAAGACCCACUAGAAUGGACGGACGACACACUAGGCGAUAUACCUGCCAGCAUCGAGAUCAAGCUCGUGGACUUCCCAGACGCAGGAUACUUCUCCACAAACGACCCUCCACAGGGAGAAAUCUUGAUUCGUGGGGAUCCCGUCAUGGAAGGGUACUACGAGAAUGAAGAAGAGACAGCUGAAGCGAUGGCGCCUGGCGGCUGGUUCCGAACUGGGGAUAUUGGAGAAUGGGCACCUACUGGUCACUUGAAGAUUAUUGAUCGGAAGAAGAAUUUGGUGAAGACUCUGAAUGGGGAGUACAUUGCACUGGAAAAGCUUGAGUCCAUCUACCGAUCCUCUAACGUAGUACUCAACCUCUGCGUAUACGCUGCAGCCGACAGGAACAAGCCAAUCGCCAUUGUCAUCCCCGCUCCAUUAUUACUUCAAAAGCUUGCACAAGAAAACGAUCUCGAAGGAAAGAGCUACGAACAACUUGUACAAAAUGACAAGAUCAAAAGAGCCGUAUUGAGAGAGCUGCAGAAUACGGGCCGAAAAGCGGGGUUGGCGAGUUUUGAGAUCCUGGACGGUGUUGUUUUGACGGAUGCGGAGUGGACUCCUCAAAAUGGAUUCUUGACCGCUGCGCAGAAAUUAAGUAGGAGAAAGAUUGUGGAUGUGUAUGAGAAGGAGAUUGAUAUCGCGUACGGAAAGACAAAAUCUGGUGUUUGAGAAUUGGUAAGACAAUCAUGACCUUGUGAGCACUUGUAUUUGUAUCUUUGGGUGUAUUGAAUUUGCAUACUAUAGACAGGAGUUCCGAAAUAGACAUGUUCUCAAGUCCUCCCUCCAGGGAUACCAGUCACGUUCUUUUCGUUUCUUCCUUACGCAACAAGCAUGCCACCAGGCAAAGUUGGAAGCCCUGAUACUCCUAAUUUCCAAUAUCCUCCUUAGCCUGCUGAGCUUUAGUGCAAGCAAUCGCCAAUCUCCCCAGCUGCAACUUCAGAGGC